CAUGACUCCUUGCGGUCAACAUAAUUUCCAAUAUGGAAGAUGAAAGUAAGAAGAGUCUUCCUGUUUCAGGGAUGAAGAGAAAAAUGCGUAAAAAUGGAACAUAAAUAUAUUUUUUAUCUUAAUUUCACAUCUGUUGGAAAUCAGGCAUUAUUCUAUGGAAAAAUUUGAGAGCAAAAGAAAGCAAUGGAUAUGUUUGAAAGGACAGUACAUGAACCUAAGUCUUGAGUGAUAUGAUAGUUACAACAUGGAUCCUGUAUAUACAUAGGAAUAUUUUAUCUCAAGUUUUACAGACAGUUUAUUGUUACAUAACUUACAAGAUGGGUUCUUGUGUGUGUAAAGAAAAACAUGUGAACCAAGGGGCUAUACGACAGACGGAGAGUAGUAAUUCAAGUCAUAGAUCACAAAGGGGAGGAGCUACAUCAGGGAGACGUAAUGUCUCACAUUCCAAUUCCAGAAGUUCUUCCAGAAGAUGUGCAAAUGUGGAUUCCUUAGUUCUAGAAACUUUAUCACUCAUUAGGACGCUGGUAGACAAUGACCAGGGACCGCCCCAGGCCAUGCUGCUGCUGCAUCGUGUGGCGGAGGCUGAGGAUGGGUGGCUAGAUGUGGUCAAGUCUUUAGUGGUGUCCAUUCCUCUAGAAGAUCCCCUGGGGCCAGCGGUGGUCACUCUACUGCUAGAUGAGUGUCCCCUACCCACAAAGGAUGCUAUUUUACUCCUAUACAAAAAUUUGAAGUUGAUGCCUAAUAGUUCAGUUAAAGAAUACAGUUCUGUCAGCUGUCAAAGAAAUAUUGGUGUUGUGUUGGGAUGUCUAGCAGAAAAAUUAGCAGGUCCAAAUGCAAUUGAUAUUCUGACAGAUGAUGUCCUUAAGUACCUCUUAUCAAACCUUAAUGACAAACUUGAGCCAGCUGUGAUUCUUCAUGCCUUAGUGGCUCUAGAAAAAUUUGCCCAAACUAGUGAAAAUAAAGCAACUAUAAAUAAGAGUUUACGAGAAUGUGACCCUAAUCCCUUAGAAAUCCUAGAAAAAUGGUGGCGCCAUGAAAAAUACAGCCUGCGGGAGGUGGGAUUCUGUGCCCAGUGGUGUCUUGAUAACUUAUUUGUGACUGAGAAUCGUGAAUUUUCCUAUACAAAAGAAGAUUUAAAGAAUAUUAAUGUAAUGUUAAAUAGUAAAGAUGUUAGUGAAUACCUGAAAAUUUCUUCUGAUGGCUUAGAGGCCAGAUGUGAUGCUUCUUCCUUUGAAAGUGUUCGAUGCACAUUCCAGGUGAAUUCUGGGAUAUGGUAUUAUGAGGUCACCCUUUUAACAGACGGGGUGAUGCAGAUUGGAUGGGCAACUAAAUCUAGCAGUUUUCUAAACCAUGAAGGUUAUGGUAUUGGGGAUGAUGAGUAUUCCAUUUCAUAUGACGGGUGUCGGCAGCUGAUAUGGUUCAAGUCUGAGAGUCGACCAAUAACACUGCCUUGCUGGAAAGCUGGUGAUACUCUUGGAUUACUGCUCAAUGUAGAGAAGCAAGAGCUGGUGUUCUAUCUGAAUGGGGAGGGACUGCCCCCCAACAAUGAACUGUUCCAGCAUGCAAGAGAGGGCUUCUUUGCUGCUGCCAGCUUUAUGUCUUACCAACAGUGCUAUUUUAAUUUUGGGGCCAAACCUUACAGAUACCCCCCGAAGGACAUUGCAUUUAAAAGCUUUAAUGACUAUGGGCAUUUGUCUGAGGAGGAAAAAGUCAUACUGCCAAGACAUAUGAAAUUAGAACUGCUGAAGAAUUUAAAUGUCAAGGAAGGAGCCUGUACUCUUUGUUUUGAUGAGCUGGCAAAUUACUAUCUGUCUCCGUGUAAUCACAGGGGCUUCUGCUAUCAGUGUACCCUCCAAAUUGAACUGUGUCCUAUAUGCCGAACAAAAAUUGAUGAGCGAAUCCAGGAAAAAAUCACGGAAGAAAACAGUAAAUCCACACAGACGUCUACCACGACUCACGAAACGGAAGUGUCGGUGAAUAGUGACCUGACUGAAAAAACUAAACUGGCCAUCAAUGGUCAGACUGGGGGACAAACAGGGGGGGACACCAGGGAUAGUAAAGAAGGAUCUGAUCAUAUCUCAUAGCCAAGGCUUACCCCGGGGGCCCGAACCAGUAUUGGACAAUUUUAUCACCUCAAACUUUUAAAGAGAAUCAAAGUUCUUUUAUUUUAUGAAUAAAUACACCAAGUAGAAAUCAUUUUUAAGUACUAGUAAAUAAAAACUUUUGUUUUUUUGGUUUGAUUUUUAUCUUAUGAUAUGAGCCUAUUUUUGGUUGUUGUUGGUGUGUGUGUGGUAUGGGUAUGAGGAGGGGGCUUUGGUCAUAUCUGUCCUCGAAUUUCCAGGAUUUUGCUGUCAAGUUUCUCAGUCAUGUGUUAUUUUUAUUAUCAUCUGAAAUGAAUUUAUUGAAUGCAUUAAAUAAUUUGUUUUAUUUUUUGCUUCAACUAUUUCCUAAAAGUUCUGAUACAAGUAUUUAUAUUAAAUAUGUU